AUGAGUGCUCAUGGCAGUCCGACGUCUGCAGAUGGGCAAGGAGAUUUGACUGGCUCACAGAUAGCCUUCAGAAUGGUACAAGCGGCUGAAGCUGCUGUGGCGGCUGCAAAUGCAGCAUCGACAGCAAUCAAUUCAUUGACUUCGAGCUCAACAGGUACUGGUGGUGCAACUGGUACUACAAAAACUGAGUGGUACAAGGUUUUGCCGAAACCUAGCUGUUUUGAACCAAAAGACAGAGAAGCUGAGUUAGCAACUUUUCGCGACUGGUGGUGGCAGGUUGAACAAUACAUGUUGGCUGUGGAUGCCAAUUAUGGGCAUGACUUGCAGACCAUCAGGUCAAAGUUGGAUGAGGAGAUACCGUUGGUGGAGCAAAGCAUUGAGCAGACACGUCGCAGUGCAUUUUUGUAUGGUUUGUUGGCCUCCUUGCUGAAGAACCGUCCCCUUUUACUUCUUAAAGGAAUUGAACAAGGGAGUGGACUUGAAGCAGUGCGUCAACUUUUCAGGACGUGCCAGCCGAGCUCCAGAAACAGAUCACUUGGGUUGCUUCAUUUGAUCAUGCAAUGGCCUAGCUUUGAUAUGAAAAGUGCAAUCUUACCACAAAUCUUGAAGUUGGAAGACAGUUUCAGAGAGUACGAGAAGAUUGCAUCAACUUUGUCGGAAGAGCUGAAAUUUGCAGUACUUUUGAAGUGCUUGAGUGGUCAUUUGAAGACCUACUUGCAGGUUUCAAUGCGGGAAAACAUGACCUACGAAGAACUUCGCGGAGCCACGCUUCGCUAUGACCAAUGCACCAUCAAAUGGUCACAGUCGAUGGCCCUGGGAAGCUCAGUUUCAGCUUCAAAUGACACGUCUGGACCCAUGGACGUGGACAGAGGCGGCAAAUCACAGAAAGGUGGAAAAUCGAAAGACUCUGGCAAGGGCAAGGACGUGAUAGAUGUGGUGGACACGGUCAUUUUGCUCGUGAUUGCAGAGUGCGUCAACCGAGUCAGUUUUGCACCAGAAGUUUCUUCGUCUUCGACAUAUCGACAGCUGGAUUUUGACAUUUCUGGCAUGAGUGAUUUGCAAAAGCGUUACAACCCCUGGCAGACCCAUUUGCAGUGCAAAGAGCUGGAAGCCCUGUCAAACAGAGUUGCAAAGGAGCUGUGGCAGCAGCUCUAUGAUGCGCGAAUGGCGGAAAUUCAAAGUGAGGAGCACUUGGAAGCCCCUGCAAUCGAUUUUCGCUUCUACAUGGAACAAGAAGGCGUUGCAUCGACCAGGAGUACUUUGACUAGUUUGUUGAACCGGAUCGCAAGUCUCAGAUCCCAGACGUCUUGUGGAGAUCUAUCAGGGCGCCAAGGGGAGGACGAAGAGGUCUUGCAACAAAGGCCUCGACUAUAUCUUCCGGACACGGUGGUUUGGUUCGAUCGCGGCAACAAGGCUGAGGACAUUGGCUCUGGCCCGGCAGCAGAGCAGACGUGGGGUCAUCGAGAAGCUUUGUCGAUUGUGAUUGUCUUUCACAAUGAGAGUUCAAGCAAAAAUCUGGACAACCUACUUCGGGUUUGCAAUUCGUAUCGACAGAUUGCAGAGGAAGGUCUCAUGACUACGAUUUUUGUAACCAGGGAACGCUGCGGUAUUGUUGGGAAGGCGGCUACAAUCAAAAGCUAUACUCUUGACUACGAAAUGCCCUGCGCUUUGGCAGACGAUAAUCACGAAGUGAUUCGAGAAAACCCCGAAGAAGUCCAUACGUCGAUUGGCGAGACUUCAGUCGCACCACAAAAUUUUGUGCCAGAAAGGCUUGAGGUGGCGCAAGGGUGCAAGGAUCCACAAAACAAAGUUGGCGAUUUACAAAGAGUGUGCCGCGGGAACCUGUUCGCAGUGAAAUGCGAAAGCCUCUGGAGUAGAAAGAGCAGAUGGAAAGCAGGGGUGCUGUGCAACCAGUGUGAAGGUGUGCAGAGUUCAGAGCAUAGCAGUCCUGGUUGUGACAUCCGCAUGGAGGUUUAUGGCUUUGGGAUUACCACAGCACAGCACCCCAAAUUAAAUUCGCCAUUGGGUCCCAACCCAUUGCGGCUUGAGGUCUUCGGUUCAAGUUGCGUUGCCGCUUUUCUGCAUGUAGCAGAUCAUGGCGAUGACGCGGCUUCAAAUAUUGAGCUGCUUGCCUUAUGCUGGGCCGAAGAAAUCGUUGCCGUGCCCAGUCCUGGUGGAAAUCAACCAUGGAUCAUCGCGACUGUGCCGUGGGCCAAAAGACGCAUCAAAGAGAGAUGUAAAGCAGGCGCCGUGGCCAGCUCCUUUUUCUUCGACGCUCGGUUGCCGGAACCACAUCCUGCAGGCAAAAUUGUCACCGCGCCUGAAGACUUGAGAUACAUUUCGAGCUGCGGAAGAGCCCAAAAGGCAUGGUGCACCAGCUCAAUCCUACAGCCCAAGGCCUGUGUCCCACUGAAGUCCAAGGACUUUCUGAAGAAUUGGAUUCUGCACUCAGCUGGCAGAAGCUUGCGAUGGAAAAGUCUUGAGAUGCCGCAGACUGUGCGCAUGCUGCAAACAGAUGUGGGCAGUUUGAAUUACGAGAUCGCUUGUACGGGAGGAAGUGCAGAAAUGAGGCUGAGUCUGCGCAUUCAAUCGGCCACCUGCAUUGUUGCGGCGCCUUGCGCUUGGGGGGGGCCCACGCAAGUCGUGUUUAAGCUGCCAGACAAAAGGUUGCAGUUCAAGAAGGAAGUGUUUCAUGAGGGCGCGAGAUUGGGUCGAAGUGAAAUCGGACAGUCUCCCGGAAAGCAGAUGGAAAGGAGAGCUUCCAGAGAAUUGGCGCAGUUGAUCGAGUGUUCGAUCAGGGCGCGACUGGCCGUAGCCUUGACACUCUUGCAGCCUGCCUUGCGACGUGUUGCAGAAAAAUCUCCUGGAAAGCAGGUGGAAAGGAGAAUUGCUGUGCAAGGGCUUGCGUCUCAGCCAAUUUCUGAGCGGGAAGCCUUGACUCAGGCCCAGUUGCAGUUGAAGAAGGAAGUGUUUGAUGAGGGCGCGAGUGGCCACGCCUUGGCCUGCCUUGUGACGUGGCGCAAGGGAGCGAAGAUUGAUGUGGCAAGGCUUGGGAAGGACCAGCACAAGGCCCAGAGGCUUCUGAAGUUUCGGAAGUGUAGACAUGAGGCUGAGUUCGCAAUUCAAUCGGCCACCUUCACGUCUCGAGAUGCACUUGGGGGAAACCUUGACUCAGGGCCCACGCAAGUCGUGUUUAAGCUGCCAGACAAAAGGUUGCAGUUCAAGAAGGAAGUGUUUGAUGAGGGCGCGAGUGGCCACGCCUUGGCCUGCCUUGUGACGUGGCGCAAGGGAGCGAAGAUGGAUGUGGCAAGGCUUAGGAAAGACCAACAAAAGGCUUGUGAAGUCUUGAGAUGCCGCAGACUUUGUACGGGAGGAAGUGCAGAAAUGAGGCUGAGUCUGCGCAUUCAAUCGGCCACCUGCAUUGUUGCGGCGCCUUGCGCUUGGGGGGGUGAAUUUCCAGGCUCAGAUGAGCGCAUCGCAUGUGGAGUGAUGUCCUUUCUGACGGGGUCCGUUGGCCAACAAGUGACGUCUGUUCCUGGUGAGAGUGACGAGAGUCAGUUCCAAUCUCAGGGAAGAAUCGGAGUGAAAUCAGAGAUGCAUGAAGCGUCAGCACCAGAUUUUGAGGUGCCAGAGCUUCAGUGCAACGAAUGCCACUUCUCCAAGAUUCGUUCCAAAGUGGAAAGUCUCCGGGGGUGGUUUCGCUUUUCGGAACUGAGCACCGUGGGGACACGAUGCCGUACCAGAACUUUGACCCAGAGCCAGGCUGACCAAUGCCAAGCCCUUUUAAGCUGUUCAAGCCAUUUGGGUCGCCACUACCACAGAGUCUUCCUAUCACUUUCAGUGAUGCCUGGAAAGACAUCGAAAGCAAAGCAAGACCAAUCUUACCGUGCCUUUGGAACGGCCAAGAAGGAGCACUGGAAGAUGUGCGAUGGCCAAGCCGCGGAUUCCCCAACGUGUGAAAUAUCACAACUCGGCGUGAAGAAGGGCUUGUGGAAGCGCUUUGAGAGGUGUGAAAUAUCACAACUCGGCGUGAAGAAGGGCUUGUGGAAGCGCUUUGAGAGGCAGGUUUGGCAGAGACACGGCCGGAACGAGAACUGCAUUCAUCGCAUUUUCCAAAGAUCCGGGCGAAAUUUUGCCGCACCGCUGCAGAUAUGCCUGGGCUUUUUGGACCGAGCACAUGACAUCUGUUACCGUCGUGAAGAGCCCUUCAUUUGCGUUGCCAGCAUCCAAAUUGAGCAGCUGAUUUCAAAGCCCAGUGGAGCUUGGGACCUCUGGAGCUUCUGUGCCAAAGCAUGUAAGUGGGACUUUUGGAGGAAGUUGCUGAGAGGCACAGGGGUGCAGGUUGACACCAAGUUGAGCUCCUGCGUAACUGAGAAAGGCUCAGCACUGGCUGCUGCUGGAGUUGCUUUCGUGUGGCAGGCGCGAGAGUUUGACUUUCUGCAGGCAGCAGCGCGUGGUGCUCCUGGAGCGCAGCUAUUCCGAGUUGUGGAUGGCGUGGGGGAGAUUCCAGCAAUGGUGUCAAGAAGGGAGUUCAGCAACGAGGCUUGUGCCAUCUUGCGAAAAUGGCGACAGCUGCAACAAUAUAUCACCAGGACGGCCUGCGCUAGGAAUUGCUCCGUAUCCACCUUGAAGGGCUUUCGACAGGAGUACAUUGUGAACUACUUGUGGCGCAUUCAAAGGCUUAUUCGGCCCAUGACCCCGGAGAAUCAGCCAAAGCAGAGCGUGCCGAAAAAUGAACAUCCCAGACGUCUUGUGGAGAUCUAUCAGGGCGCCAAGGGGGAGGACGAAGAGGCAGCAGAGCAGACGUGGGGUCAUCGAGAAGCUUUGUCGAUUGUGAUUGUCUUUCACAUUGAGAGUUCAAGCAAAAAUCUGGACAACCUACUUCGGGUUUGCAAUUCGUAUCGACAGAUUGCAGACGAAGGUCUCAUGACUACGAUUUUUGUAACCAGGGAACGCUGCGGUAUUGUUGGGAAGGCGGCUACAAUCAAAAGCUAUACUCUUGACUACGAAAUGCCCUGCGCUUUGGCAGACGAUAAUCACGAAGUGAUUCGAGAAAACCCUGAAGAAGUCCAUACGUGCCAUAUCCAUAUCAGACGCAAGCCAAAGUGCCCAGAAGCUGAGGUUGUGCAACACUAUCUCCUAGAUUGCGCAGCUCCUCUGGAGAGGUUGUUCUGGCGAUACUGGCACCGGCAAGUGAAAAAGGGGUGA